AUGAGUGGCAAUUAUUACAACAAUGGAUAUCAAUACAAUCAACAGAAUUAUCAAGAAGGAUAUCAAUAUAAUCAAGAUCAAUACAACAAUGGGUAUAAUAAUGGGUAUCAAGAGGUAAAUUAUAAUAAUGGUUAUCAAGAUCAGUACCAGGGUUUUAAUGAUCAAUACAAUGGUCAAUUCCAAGGCUAUAAUGAUUUCAAUCAAUAUCAAUCAAUACCACAACCAAUUCCUCAAAAUUAUCAACCUCAUCUAAUUCAACCAAUUCAAACUUCAUCUCAAAAUUAUCAAGAUCAAUAUCAACAAGAUCAAUAUAGUACUACGCUUCAACAACAAUAUCAACAACAAUACCAAUAUCCAUCUCAAUUUGAUCAAAUUCCACAACCAAUUCCACCAGUGAUAUCUCAACCAGUGCAACCAGUGCGACCAGUGCAACCAGUGCAACCAGCACAACCAAUACAGAAUCACCCUGUCCAACCUAUUCAUCAAUCACCAGUUGUUCAACCAGUACCGCCUGUUCAACCAGUACCUAUCCAACAACAAGCGCCACCUCAACAAUAUCAACAUCAACAAGUACCACAACAUGUACCACAACAUGUAUCACAACAAGCUCCAGAGGUUCCACCUGCUCCAGUGCAACAAGUUCCAAAAGCACCUGAAGUUCCAGUUCAACAACCUCAACAGAUUCCUUCGGUCCCUGUCUCUUCAAUCCCACCUAUUCCUCGUUCAAAGCCUAUCCCUCAACCAGUGGCUCCAAAACAACAAUAUCAAUCAUCUCCACAAAAAAAAACCCAUAAAUCACCAAUCAAAAUAAUGAAACCAAAAUCACCAAUUAAACAAAAAUCACCAAUUAAACCAUCAUCAAAAUCACCAACAAAGACAUCAUCUCAACAAUUACAAGAAAAACUUCAAAAACAUUCAUCUUCACAACCCAAUAAACUUGAAUCAACACCUUCUAAACCAAUAUUCAAUUCUAGUAAACAAAAUACUCCAGAUCAAUCAUUAAAAUCUGAACCAAAUUUCGAAAUAAUACCAAAUAAUCAUUAUAAUGAUACAAUUGAACAAUUAAGUCAACAGGAUUUUCAAGAUUCAAAAUUACAAUUAAAAGGUGAUUCAAAAUUUAGUGAUUUUUUAGAAAAUCCAGGUUCAAAUGUUGUAUUAUUUUUCCAAAUUGCAAAUGAAUUAAAUUUACAUGCAGAUGAAAAUUUAAACAAGAUUCAAAACAAGAGAAAUUUACAAGAAUUUUAUACUUUAAAACAAAUUUCAAUAUCAAGUUAUGAAAAAAUUUUAAAUUAUAAACCAAAAGUUUCUAAAAAUUAUCAAAUUAAAUGUCAUUUAAAAUUAGGUGAAAUUUAUUCAAAUUUAUCUAAAAUUAAUAAUAAUGGUGAAGAUGAUCAAGAAUCUCCAUUAAUUAAAGCAGGUUAUCAUUUCGAUCAAGUUUUAUUACUUUGUGAUCAAGAUAAUUUAUAUGAAAAAUUAAUCACUCAAACUAAAAUUAUUAAUUUAUUAAUUGAAACAAAUCAAUUUAAACAAGCUUUAAAAUUAUGUAAUAAUCUUUUUGAAUAUGUUAAUUUUAUUGAUUCCAUAUAUUUAAUUUAUUUAAAAUUUAAAAUUUUAAUUAAAUUUGAUCCAAAGCAAAGUUUACCAUUUUUACAAUCAAUGUUGGAUCGUUUUAACAAACUUCCAAAUAUACCUGAUACAUAUAAUGAAGGAUUAUUAUUAUUAAAAUUAAAUGAAAUUACAUUUGCAAUUCAACAAGGUAUUAAACCUAUAACUGAUGUUAAAAAUUUAAAAUCAAACAACAAAUUAAAUUCAAUUCAUAUUGAAUUUAUUCAAAUCUUGAACAAAAUUACAAAUAAACAAAUAAAUGAUGAUAUUGAAAUUGAUUUUAAAACUUUAAGUUCAAAUAUUUCCAAUUUACCCAAAGCACAGAAUAAUAAAAUUCAAUAUAAUUUACCAUUCCAAGGUAAACUCAUCACAAUUUCAGAUCAAUUACCAAUUUAUAAAUUAAACAUAUUAAUUUGUUUAAUGUAUGGAAUUUCAUUAUUAAAUUCAACACAUUUGAAAAGAAAAUCUUUAACCUUAUUUGAAAAAUCAAUUAAAUUAAUUGAUGAAGAAUUAAACCAAAUAAAUCAUUCAUUAAUUUCAAUUAAUGAAAACAUUAAAGCAAAGUUUAAUGAAUUAAAUCAUUUAAAAGCUUUAGUUAAUUUUUUCAAAAUUUUAGAAAAUUCAAUUAUUGGUCCAAUUGAUGAUGAAUUAUUAAAAAAUUUUAAAAAUUCAAUAAAUUUAUUAUCUAAAGAUUUAUAUCCAAAUUUUGAAUUGAAAAUUAUUUAUUCAAUGGCUUUAAAAUUUCAAUUAAAUGGUGAUUUAAAUAUAUCAAAAAAUUUCUAUAAAAAAUUGAUCAACAAAUUUGAAUCUGAAGAAACUUCAAAUACUAAAAAUUCAAAUGAAAUUUAUAUUUUUUCCAUUAUAAAUUAUCUUUUAUUAAUUGAAUCAAGUAUUCAUUAUUAUACAAGAUCUUUACAAAAUGAUUUAAUUCCAAAUUUAACUCAAGAAAGAUUAAUCAUAUUAAAUAAAUUAGAUGAAAUUAUUAAUUUUAAAAAUUCAAAUUUAAAAUCUAAAGAAUUAAUUGAAUUAACUUUGAUUUUCAUAAAAUUAAUUUAUAAUUAUGAAAAUUUAUCCAAAAUUGAAAUUAAUGAAAAAAUUUCUUUAAUUUUAAAAAAUUUUGAAAAUUUAAAAAAAUUCCCAUUAUUAUGUUCAAUUUUAUUAUAUAUAAAAUCUGAUACAUUAAAUAGUAAUUCUGAUCAAAAGCAAAAAUCUUCACAAACUUCAUUUAAUUUAGCAAAAUUAGGUUAUUCACCAAUAUUAAGAUAUUUAUCAGGUUUAUUAAAUUCUCAAAAUGCAACAAUUGCAAGAAAUUUUCAACAAGCUGAAAUUCAAAAUUUAAAAUUAAUUAAAAUUAAAAAAAACAUUGAAAAUUCAAAUUCAAUUAAUUUAAAUUAUUUGAAUGAAAAAAUUAAUGAUUUAGAUUUUAAUGAAUCUCAAAAAAUUAUUGAUUCAAUUUAA